CUUCGGCCCUUCGGGGCGGAAAAAGCCGCCGCGAGGCCUAGGCGGGCGCCCGAAGCCCCGGGCUCGCGUAGGCGGCUCCCCCGGGGAAGAGGGGCGCUCCGCGGGGGGAAGGGACGCCGGAGGCGAAAUUGACCAAGACAGGUGAACCUGGUCCAAAAUGGGAGAGCCGUGUCCUCACCUGGAUUGCAUAGGUGAGAUCACAAAGGAGGAUCUGCUUCUCAAAUCCAAGGGAACAUGCCAGUCGUGCGGUGCAGCAGGACCCAAUUUGUGGGCCUGCCUCCAGGUCGGUUGCCCUUAUGUGGGUUGUGGGGAGUCCUUCGCCGAUCACAGCACCCUCCAUGCACAGGCAAAGAAGCACAACUUGACGGUGAAUCUGACAACCUUCCGGGUGUGGUGCUACGCCUGCGAAAAGGAGGUUUUCUUGGACCAGCGGCUGGCCUCGCAUACGCCGGCGCCGCCUUCCAAAUAUGUAGAACAGGACUCCCCUCCUCCCAUCCAUCCUGUCAAAGCGGUUCCCAUCGCGGUGGCCGACGAAGGCGAGUCGGAGUCGGAAGAUGAUGACCUGAAACCAAGAGGCCUUACUGGAAUGAAAAAUCUUGGGAAUUCUUGUUACAUGAAUGCAGCUCUCCAGGCCCUUUCCAAUUGCCCCCCACUGACCCAGUUCUUCCUUGAGUGCAGCGGGCUCGUGCGAACGGACAAGAAGCCGGCGCUCUGCAAAAGUUACCAGAAGCUGAUCUCUGAAGUCUGGCAUAAGAAACGGCCCAGCUAUGUCGUCCCCAGCAGCCUCUCUCAUGGAAUCAAGCUGGUGAACCCCAUGUUCCGAGGGUAUGCACAGCAGGACACGCAGGAAUUCCUGCGCUGCCUGAUGGACCAGCUUCACGAAGAGCUGAAGGAGCCAGUGGUGGCCGAAGCGCGGGACUCGGACUCCAGCGACACAGACGACAAAAGGGAGGGCGACCGGAGCCCCUCUGAGGACGAGUUCCUCUCCUGUGACUCCAACAGCGACCGGGGCGAAGGGGACGGGCAGAGCAAAACGGGGGGCUCCCUGGUGGAGGCGGAGAUGCUGAUCCAGGACGAGGCCGGGCGCGGGAUUUCAGAGAAGGAGAGGAUGAAGGACCGGAAGUUCUCCUGCAGCCACCGGCGGAGCAACUCGGAGCAAGCGGACGAGGACGCCGACGUCGAUACCUCGGUGAUGGCGGGCGACAGCCGGGCUUCCCCGGAGGGGCUCCCUCCUUCCACGCCCCAGGCGUCCAGUCCCUCCCGGAACCCAGAGCCUGACAACGACGCCUACUCCCGCUGCUCCUCCCGGCCUUGCAGCCCGGUUCACCACGACGCGCACCCCAAGCUUUCCAGCAGCCCGCCGCGAUCCAGCCCGGUCCGGUUGGGGCCCUCCUACGUCCUGAAGAAGGCUCAGAUGUUGGCUUCCGGGAAGAAGAGGAAGGAGGUCCGUUACCGCAGCGUCAUCUCCGAUAUCUUUGACGGCUCCAUCCUUAGCCUCGUGCAAUGCCUGACCUGCGACCGGGUGUCCACCACCGGCGAGACGUUCCAGGACUUAUCGCUCCCCAUCCCCGGGAAGGAAGACCUGGCCAAACUCCACUCGGCCAUCUACCAGUACAUGCCGGCCAAGGCGGGGCCCUGCGGAGACAACUAUGCCGCCUCGCAGGGCUGGAUCGCCUUCAUCAUGGACUACAUCCGGAGGCUUCUGGUGUCCUGCAUCCCCAGCUGGUUUUGGGGGCCCGUGGGCACCCUCGGGGACUGCCUCUUUGCUGCCGACGAGCUGAAAGGUGACAACAUGUACAGCUGUGAGCGAUGUAAAAAGUUGCGGAAUGGGGUCAAAUACUGCAAAGUCCUCCGACUCCCCGAGAUUUUGUGCAUCCACCUGAAGCGCUUCCGCCACGAGGUGAUGUACUCCUUCAAAAUCAACAGCCACGUCUCCUUCCCGCUCGAAGGCCUGGACCUCCGGCCAUUCCUGGCCAAGGAGAGCGUCUCCCAGAUUACCACCUACGACCUCUUGUCUGUCAUCUGCCACCACGGCACAGCGGGCAGUGGCCACUACAUUGCCUACUGCCAGAACGUGAUCAAUGGCCAGUGGUACGAAUUUGAUGACCAAUACGUCACGGAGGUACACGAGACGGUGGUCCAGAACGCAGAGGCCUACGUUCUGUUCUACAGGAAGAGCAGCGAGGAGUCUGUGCGGGAGCGUCAGAAGGUGGUCUCGUUGGCCACCAUGAAGGAGCUGGGCUUACUCCAGUUCUACAUCUCCCGGGAAUGGCUGAACAAGUUCAACACCUUCACCGAGCCCGGGCCCAUCACCAACCACACCUUCCUGUGCCCCCACGGAGGCAUCCCUCCGAAUAAGUACCAUUAUAUUGAUGAUCUCGUGGUGAUCCUUCCUCAGAACGUGUGGGAGUACCUCUACAACAGGUUCGGUGGUGGCCCAGCUGUGAACCACCUGUAUGUGUGUUCAGUGUGCCAGGUGGAGAUCGAAGCCCUGGCUAAGCGGAGGAAGGCGGAAAUCGACACUUUCAUCAAGCUGAACAAAGCGUUCCAGGCGGAAGAAUCCCCCGGCGUCAUCUACUGCAUAAGCAUGCAGUGGUUCCGGGAAUGGGAAUCCUUUGUCAAAGGCAAGGAUAACGAACCGCCCGGACCCAUCGACAACAGCAAGAUCGCUCUGGCCAAAGGAAGCGGCCACAUCCAGGUCAAGCCAGGAGCGGACUACGGGCAGAUUUCAGAGGAGACGUGGACGUACCUGAGCACGCUUUACAGCGGAGGCCCCGAGAUCGCCAUCCGGCAGAACGUGGCCCAGGUGCCGGAAGUCGAGAGUCUGCACGGGGAGCAGAAGAUAGAGGCGGAAACCCGGGCUGCCUAAGGUUGGGACGUCGCUUCCCUGCGGAGGGGCAGACAGUUCUGCACCUUCAGAGUCCAGACACUCGUUCUCUUGUAUUUAUGGAACUCGGAACCUACCAAGCAACCGCCGCCAACCCUGCCUUGCCCGCAGUGAGUAACAUAGCCAACCCGUGUGAAUUUCAGCGCCCGGCCUCCUCGUGGUUUGCUCGCAGGCGAGAGAGCAGCCCCGCGGACCCGAUUUUGCCUAGAGGUUCACAAUUCCAACUGUGGAAAGAAGGACCCCUUUUACACAAAGGCCAGUUUAGUGUUCGAUUCCCCCCUCCCCACAAAUACUCCUGCGCAGCCUUCAAAGAGCUUCUGGAUUUCCUUUCAACGCGGCUUGGAACAGCGUUGGGCGGCCCGUUUACCCCUUGGAGCUGGUUUCGCAUCCGGGUCCUCCCUGCAUAGAUCCUCCGGCCACGACUUGAUGUCGGCUCUUCAGGCACCAGCUGGCGGCCUGCGGUGGUAUCGUAAUUUUAUUUCCCCCCCGGCCUCGUUUUUGUCUUAUUUCGUCGUAAAUGUAGCCGUUCUGCUGGAGCCGACCCAGAAGAAAAGUGGGGUGUUUUGGGGGGGGGCACAGAGUCUGGAAGGCAAGCCCCCUUCCAUCCUUUUUAUUUUCUGUUGCACAGAAAUGGAUUUUGCUUCCCUUCUUCUGAUGGGAGAUGAGUUAUCGGAACGCCAGAUUUAUCCAGUAAUUAACUAUUUAUUUAUGUAUUUACUUGCAAGGCUCGAACCGCCCCCACCCCUUUAUCCCCUUUAUUGUAUUCAAGACAGCUUCUCCCACACCCCACGGACACCCCACAACUCUUAGCGAACCAGACACAGCUGGGCGGUGUGGCCACCCCACGGACUUUGGCUGCCCGGAGAAAGCAGAUACCCCUAAAUAAGCCCUUUUGCAGUGCCAUCAUCUCACGCAGGGUGAUCCAGUGCACCCCAGAAGCCCAACAAGCUAGAGGUCCAGGAACCCCCACUGAAGUCGGACCUGUGGUUUGGUUCAGCCUGAGCCCCUCCCCUUCCGUGGUAGACGCGCCGGUCUUGCAGCCCCCCCAGUCUACGGGAUGUGGCAGAUUCUCGGGGGAAAUUCCUCCCGCCCCACUAUCCCAGGGAAUAGAUCCAUUUAUCCACAGGACUCAUUUAUUGAACGCAACUCUGAAUUUGGACGGGACGCCCGGUUACAGAGACACUUGAGGGAAGAGAAUAUAAGAUUUCCACUGUCUCUGUGGUGCAAUUGACACAACGUGGCACUCUUCUACACACACACAACACUCCUUCAAGCCUCGCUGAAGGCUUCGUGGAUUCAGCGCCAUCGCACUCCGGCCAGCUAGUGUUCCUUGGGGGGUUCGGUGGCAGAGACCGAGAUCUGUAACGAAAAUUCGGCAUCCGGAGAUUUGUGUGUUUGCGGGGUGCAAAAGAGUCUGCUGCGAAUCCGUGGUUCUCCUUUCCAAAAGCAAACGAAGACAGAGCGCGCUCUCUCUUAGAUGUUUCUCCGUGUUUCUGUGUUUUCCCCGUGGGUGGUUACACCUACCAGACCCUCUUCCAAGCGAAGGGACCACUUGAUUCGUGAACGUCCCAUGAUUCGUGACACACCCAGUAGCACUUCCUAUAUCUUGCUGUGGGACUUCCGGGGGAUCCCUCUGUCACCGUGGUCGUGCUCUCCGUGUGCGUUUUCCAGAGAGGGAGCGCUCGAGACGGUUCCCAACCGGCGCGCCGCGUUUUCGUCCUCCUGUGCUAAGAACGUGAGCCAAUAAAACUUGCUUGCAGAGUCCGUGAAA